AUGGCAGCGGAGAAGAAUCGAAUUAUGAAAUUUAAAACGAUAUCAGGUCGAUUACAUGAACAUUUUGAAUUUAAAUUGUUAGCUGACGGUAAUAUCAAAACUGCUGAUAACGUUUAUUGCAUCCAUUGCGACAAAUCGUUCGCAUACCAUGGAUCUAAUACAUCGCUUACUUACCACCUUCAAAACAAACACUCGCUACAAUAUUCGAAACCUCAGUUCGCAAUAUCAGUUUCAUUUAGUCAGUCUACAGCGGCGGUGUCAUCUACCUUCAAGCAGACUUCUUUGCGUCAGCUCUAUCGUCGGUCUGAUCAUCCGGUGAAUGCUACCCUACAGCGUGACACUAAAAUAUCACUUGCUAACCGGAUAGCUAAUAGUGCUAGACCAAUAUCGAUAGUAAAAGAUGAUGGUCUUCAGCAAGUGUUGUGUACAGCGCUUCAAUUUACCGAAUAUAAACUACCUUUCCGGUGUACUACUGAUAAAAUGCUGGUUGAUAUUUAUAACACGAAAAGAGAAAAGGUUAAAGAAGCACUGAAAAUUUCAAAGGCAAUUGCGCUAACAUCUGAUUUUUGGACAUCCCUGCGUAAUGAAAGUUAUUGCGGAAUCACCGGCCAUUGGAUUGCUGAUGAGUGGAAUUUAAUAAGUGUCAUUCUUGAACGUGUGCAUAUUAUUGAAUAUCACUAUUCUAACAAUGUUGCUGAGUUAUAG